ACAUCCAAAGAUAUCCAUCCCAACUCCCACACUCAACCCAAAAGUCCAAAACGUGAAGCCAACUAAAACACAUAAUAAAAAAAGACUAUUUUACAAUCAACAGAACAUCUACAGGAAGAAGAAACCUGUCUGAUUUGGUUGCAGCAAAAGAAAGUCAACUUAUUCCACUUUGACCAAUCUGCAUCUAUUUCUUGAUCCGGACUGUAGUACAAGAACUUGAGACUUCAGUCAUCUUCCAUUUUUGGAAUAACCCGAAUCGAUUUUUUGAGAUAAUUUUUAAUUAACAUAGAAAAGAGAACGGUUUUGGGUGUUUAAUUUUGUGAUUAGUGGUGCAAUAAUCGACGGCUUUUUGGAUGAACUAAAACGAAAAGUCAACGAACAUUCGGGUUUGACCUUUGACCAAAACAAAGACGAAAUGAUAAGUAGAGUGGGAAGUUACCUCUCUCAAAGUGUAUAUUCUGUUGCAACCCCUUUUCACCCGUUUGGUGGGGCCGUUGACAUAAUCGUUGUUCAACAACAAGAUGGAUCGUUUAGGAGCACCCCGUGGUACGUUAGGUUCGGAAAAUUUCAAGGUGUUCUCAAAGGAGCGGAAAAGAUCGUAAAAAUAGAAGUUAACGGAGUAGAAGCCGAUUUCCAUAUGUAUCUCGACAAUUCGGGUGAAGCUUAUUUUAUCAAAGAAAUCGAUCCCGAGAAAGAUAGUGAUGUAAACGAUUCCGAAAGUGUACUAGAGUCUAGAAAAGACGAUUUUGCCCCCGAGAAAAACAACAAUGUAGAGGUUCAGUUUCAAGAAGAUCAUGAGUUUCAAGGUGAACAAUCGCCUCUAGAUGGGUCGAUCGAGUUGUCGGAUUUCGGGUCGAAACAGUUUGAUAAUUUAGAAAAUGAUUUGGGGUCAAAUAGUUCGGAAGUCGUGUUGUUCAGCGUUGAUGGUCAAAUUUUGUCGGCUCCCAUAACAUCAAUGGAGGAAAACACCGAAAACGUGCAGUUAAGUACGCCUCAGUUUCAUUUGGGACCGAUCGAAGGCCCGGAAUUCGAAGGUGAUUUGGAUUUAAGUAAUGAAGCUACAUGGACUCAAUAUUUAAAUGAUAUUAGCAGACCGAAAGAUAAAGGCGAUGAAACUCAAACCGUAGUGAAUUUAGAGCGAGAACUAUCUAUAACAAGUCUUGUUGAUGAUUCACCGAGCGAUGUAAAAAAAGACGAUGUUUUCAAGAGUUGUUUGGCAUUAAACGAUUUGGGAAAGCAAGAAAACGGCGGUGAUCAUGAUGUGGAUGUUGAAGGAUUACAAGUAGGAAAUGAAAGUGAAGGGGUUGAAAACGUCGAAUCUUUAAAGGUAGAGGUUAAAAGCGUCGAAUCUAGUAAGUUGGAGGUUGAAACUGAAUCAACAGGGGUAAAUGUAAAUUCAUUGGAUAUUGAACAUAAAGUUUCUGAUGUUGAAAUUGUUAAAGAUCACGAUGGUGAAGAAUUUGAACGUGGCGAAAAUAGUCCCUAUGGGCCUGAACAUGAAGACGAUGAUAAUGACAAAUUUGAUGGAUCGAGACGUACAAGGAUAGAGAUAUCUCUUUGCGGGAAUUUGCUUCGUCCCGGUAUGGGUUCAAGUACAGCUUCCGAAACCUUCAACGCCCACCGCAUAUCCGAGGAAGAAUUCAAAAUUUCCGCAGCAUCAAUUAUAAAAAACGACAGCUUAAUAAUCAAAAUCGAAGAUAAAUACUUUACAUGGGAUAAAGUUGCUCAUAUCGUUCUUGGAACAGCUGCAUACGGGCUAGAAAUGCACGUUGACCCCAAUGACGCGAUUCCCGUUGACUGGAAUGAAGAAACCAGUCUCGCUUCAACUCCAUCGGGCCGUAGAUGGUGGCUCUGGCCCAUUGCUUUUAGACGCGUUAAAACUCUUGACCAUAAUAACAGUAAUUUGUCUGGUGAAGAUGUUUUUCUUGAUUCAGAAUCGGUUUUUGAUUCUCCGCAAUCCGUAGAGAAGAGCCCACAGUCUCCACAAAAGCAACUUGUUAGGACCCAAAAUCCCACUAGUGAGCAAAUAUCGUCGUUGAAAUUAAAAGACGGGCAGAAUAUGGUUUCGUUUGUUUUUUCGACCCGCGUUUUAGGCGUUCAAAAGGUUGAUGCUCAUAUUUAUUUGUGGAAGUGGAAUGCAAGGAUUGUGAUAUCCGACGUCGAUGGGACGAUCACAAAGUCUGAUGUUCUUGGUCAGUUCAUGCCCCUAGUUGGUAGGGAUUGGUCUCAAUCCGGGGUAGCUCAACUUUUUUCUGCUAUAAAGGAAAACGGAUAUCAGUUGCUGUUUCUAAGUGCUCGUGCAAUUGUUCAAGCAUAUAUCACUAGAAAUUUCCUCAUUAAUCUCAAGCAGGAUGGGAAAGCUUUACCCAAUGGUCCGGUUGUUAUUUCACCCGAUGGCUUAUUUCCUUCAUUGUACCGUGAGGUUAUUAGAAGAGCGCCUCACGAAUUCAAGAUCGCGUGUUUAGAAGAUAUUAGAGCACUUUUUCCAGCCGAUUACAACCCAUUUUAUGCGGGGUUCGGUAACCGAGACACCGACGAGCUUAGUUAUAGGAAAAUCGGGAUUCCGAAGGGUAAAAUCUUCAUAAUCAACCCUAAGGGUGAGGUAGCCAUUAGUCAUCGGAUCGACAUGAAGGGGAAGUCAUACACUUCUUUGCACACAUUAGUCAAUGAUAUGUUCCCCCCAACAUCAAUGGUUGAACAGGAAGAUUAUAACUCAUGGAAUUAUUGGAAAAUGCCAAUGCCAGACGUCGACUUGUAGAGUAGUUCAAGGACCUAAUUGUAAUUUAUGAACGAUGGAUCAGGUCUUUUUUGUUCAUAUCAAGCUCUCGGGUUCUUCCAUCCUCGCGGUUGUAGUCACGAAGCAUUAAUUCGUAUACGGAACUGGUUAGUUUUUAUUUGUAUAUCUAAACAGACACAUUAGGGUCGGGUCGGGUCGGGUCGGUCAGUUAUGAAUAUUUUCGUAGUAAUCCCUAUGUUCUUAUAGCCAAGAUCAUAAGUGUAUUUAUCAUCGAAUCCGAGAUGUAAUCGGACGAAAAACAAGCGCUAGUGUCAUGUGAAAAACAUUUAAAAUGUAACCGAAUCUUGACAUUUACAUUCAUAGUUGAUACUUUUGAUUACAGAAUA